AUGUCUGGUGUUCCAUCCGAUUAUGGUACUAUUGCUAAACCAAAGAUGAACAGUCAACGUGAGAAACGUCCGUAUUUUGAAGAUGAUGGAGAGACUAACCAUGCUCCGAUGAAGAAGAUUCCAAAAAAGAAGCUCGUGGUCCCUGAAAUUGAAAAAUCUGGUGCAAAGCGCUGGCUAUAUGAGAAAGCUGCCGAGUCAAUUAUUCCUACUGAGGAUCAAUCCAAUGUUAUGCCGGAACGUCUUUUCAAAGGAUUGGACCCCCUCAUUGUCCACAUGUGUGUCCCAUGCAAAAAAUUCAAUUCGAGCCGUGAAACUGUCAAGAUUGAAGAUGGAAUGAUCCAGAUUCCUCUAGCUCUAUGCACCGUGUGCCGUUCCCAUCUCAUUGCCCAGAAAAACAUGAAGUUCUUCCAGCACGAUUGCCCAUCACUCAAGAAGGAGUUCAAUCUGUGA